AUGAGCGCUCUUUAUGGACUUUUAAAAGUUGCGCUGCUGUUGCAGCUCUCCGAAGCGGCUUUUAUUGAGUUGAACAGGGGAAAUGCGACAAGUUCGACCGAUACUGUUGCUGCGUCUUCCGGGAGCAUCUACAAAAUCGAUACGGAGACGCCGACAACGAGACUGCAGACGACGCUCUCAAGUUCUCCCAAUGUGGUCAUUCCUUCGUCCUCUUCUCUCAACUUUGGUCCGCAUGAGGACACAACAAGCACAAGUAGUGCUACCUCCAACACAUGGCCGUUCUGGUUAGGAAGCUCGUCUAGUUAUUCGGCAGUGACGGUUAGUCAACCAACCACGUCGUCUCAGAGCGGCUUCCAGUGGGACAACAUCUUUUCUGCGAGCCCAUCAAGCUCGGUUUACGUCAUCUCCUCGGAGGGACCAAGUGGUAGGAAUAUCAAUGAACAAAAUACCAAGUCUACCGCGUCGCUUAACUCUGCAUCCUCGCCGUUUGUGUCAUCUGUUUCCGCGGCUCCAGGUGUCGCACCCACUGGCCGCAGUCUGUCGGGUUCUUCCUCGACGAGUGACCGCAACGGAGAGACCAGCGCGCAGAGUACGAUAGCACAAUGGUGGGGAGCAUCUGCUCCAAGCCCUUCGAAAAUAGGUACGUGGACAGUGUCCUCCCCGGCUACAAGUUCUGACUUUUCGACUCCUUCGACUUCACCUUCUUCGCAGACAUCAACUACAUCUGGCUUCCAAUCCUACGUUUGGCCUACACCUUCCAAUACCCGUUCAGAAGUUUACACAAUCUCCUCUGAGUUUUCUACGCCGCUGGUUCAACCUUCUAUAACCUUGAUGUAUCCCACGCUGAGUUCAUUGAAUCCUUUCACCACUGAAACGCCAAAGGUCUCUUCUCCGACUUCUGCUCAGCCAGUUAGUUGGUCAGCUCUCUCAGCGGCUUCUGUCCAAUCAUCCGAAAUAUUUUCCAGUUCUGUUGCCUCUCAAACCACUUCGUUGACAACUUUUCCAGUGACCUCAAGUUCGACAUCAUCAGAAACAUCCUUGUCAGGCUCGAUAUCACUUUCUUCUUCGACCUCAGGAGUGGCGUCGCCCACUCAGGAUGUUUCAUUGUCCUCUCAGUCAACCACUCUCGCAGUCACAUCAUCUUCGGAAUCUCAGACUUCAUUAUCAGCCUCGAUUUCAUCCUCUGAGCUAGCAGACUUGUCCUCCGUCCAAUCAUCCCAAUCUGUAUGGCUGGCCUCAUCAGCGUCGAGUACAGCGAGUACCACGGAGGAAUCUUCCAGUGCAACUGUAUCGUCUUCUUCAAGUUUCACCUUGACUGUGAUACCGUCUCCUUUUACUUCGAGUUCUUCUGAGUCAGUUUGGAGUCCUGAAUAUACUUCUCAACAAUCAUCGGCGGUGAGUCCCUCCUCUAUGCCUCCUGAACCGUUCUGGACCCUAUAUUCCGCUUCACAAUCCUCAACGUCAGGUUCCUCGAUUAUUUCUGAGCCUACUAGUGUCACCUCUUCUUUGCAAAUGGUGCCAACUUCAUCGUCAUCUCUGAUGUCACCGACGAUUCCCUCAUCCUCCAGUGAGACUUUAACAAACCCAUCUACCUCUGGUUCCUCUACGGAAGGAUAUCUUGAAUCGACAAGCUUGUCAGUACCGGCGGCUUCCACGGAGAGCUUAAUACCAACCGGUUCAUCGGAUGCCGUCUCAUCCUCAGCUACUCCUUCUUCAGGAAGCUACGUGACGUUAUCCAGUUCGCCGGUACCUGUUACCUCCACAGAGAGUUACAUGACACCAUCUAGUUCAUCAGUACCUGUUACCUCCACAGAAGGUUAUGUGACACCAUCUAGUCCGUCGACACCUGUUACCUCCACAGAGAGUUACAUGACACCAUCUAGUUCAUCAGUACCUGUUACCUCCUCAGGGACUGAUGUGGCAUCGUACAGCUCGGUGAUAUCGGUGACUCCUACGGACAGUAGCGUAUCCCCAAGCAGUUUGUCCGCGCCUGCUUCCUCAGCGGAAGGCUACACAACUUCAACAAGUUCCUCCUUGCCGGCUUCCUCAGAGUCAUCUUCUGUGAUUACAACUUCCACUCUGGCCUCUCCAACUUCAAUACCAUCUCAAGCUCAGGCGUCAUCGAGCACUGAUGUUCCCAAUUCUCCAACAUCUUCAAUCUCUGAUUUUAGCACUUCUAGCACGGUACCCGGCGUUUCUUUCGUUUCAUCUUCAACCUCAUCAGUCACUGAGGAGCCAAGCACGCGCUCAUCCUUGCCAUAUUCAACAGCGCUUUCAACCAGUGAGCUGUUCUCUUCAGAAUCAUCAUCCUACUCUUCCUCUCCAUCAUCGUCUCAGUGGGCAAGCUCAGAAAUAACAGUUCCAUCUUCUAUCCCUAGUGUUCUUAUCAGCAGUCAGAGCUCAAUCCAGAGCUCCCAUCCCGAUUCUUCAUCAGUUGCGACCGAAAGUAUCUUUGAGUCCUCUGCCACGGCUUCGCCCACUUCCGUCUCGGAGGUUGCACCGGUGACGCAGCAGCCUUCGAGUGCUUCAGGCUAUUCUUCAACUUCAAUUCCUCAACCAAGUCCACCACCACCUACGGCUACCUUGUCUUCGUCAAUUCUGGUAUCACAAACUUCUGCCUCAUCUUCGACAAGCUCUAGUGGCAGAUGGUGGAUGCCUACACAAAUUGUGACUCAAACUACUCAACAAACGGCAACUGCUACUGGUACUCAAGCUACUGCAACGUUGCCUCAAGCCAUUGCAGCAGCUACCCAGGUUGCUCAGCCUGACGGUUACUCGCUAAUAACGCUUGGGUUCAAGAGUGCUCUAAACUAUAACUUUGUCGUGUCCAAUCCCAUUUCAUCAGCCCAGAUCUUUGCCUUUCUACCAGAGAUGUUGACGACACCUUUCGAGACAUAUCGGAAUAUUUCUGUUUUGCAGCUCGUACCUCUGCAAUCAAAGUCGAUCAAUUAUUUGGCAACUGUUGCUGAGGUGUACUUCCCAACCUCCGAGAUAUCAGCACUUUCAGACUUAAUCUUGAAUUCGUCAAGUGUUUUGUACACAGCGAAUGAUGGGCCAGCCAAAUACUUGGCUUACUUAGUUGAUCCGUCGAUACCUCUCACUGGGCUUUUGUCAACAGGUGCCGUGAACUCUGGCUCGGGAACCAGUGAUCCAUCUCAAUCGGGUGCAGGAGGCUCUACAAACUCAGAAGGUGAUUCUGAUACUGGUGCUCUGGGCUCCUACCUGAAAUCCACAAACGGCGGAGGAAGCAGUGCCGCUUCUAGCAAAUCUCGAAUCAUAGGUCUCGUUAUCGGCGUUGUCGUUGGUGGUUGCACGUAUAUCGCCCUGAUGAUUCUGCUAAUAAGAUAUUUUAUCAUUAGGCGCCAAGCUGCGAAAAAUUGCAAUAAAGUCGCAGACGAAGCUAGUGAUAGCAACAGUGACUCUGGUAGCGACAGAUAUUCUCAGGGACAAGAAAAAGCUGUAAUCAAUGAUCAGGAAUCAAUAACACCCUCUAUGAGAAUCAACAAUUGGAUGAAUGAGAGCCAUUAUUACGAUGUCGCUGGACCCGACAUUAGUGUGGCUCAGAUCGGCAAGAAAGCUACUACGGUUCCCAAAAUUUCCGGACCCAUCGCUUCCCAAAAUUCUUUAGGAUGGAACGAAGUCUGA